UGUAUCCGCACACACCACAUACUCGAAUAAGUUUCGCAAUAGAUAUAUCAAAAUUCUUCGUGUGGAUUCUUUCUGGAUCGGAUGCAACACUAAAUUGCCUGUGUUUUCCCGCUUUUCAAACGACGCAAAAUUCUCAGUGCAAGAAAAAAACGACCAUUUGCAGCACAACAAAUUCGCCAUCGAUAAUAACAACAAGUCGCCCGGAGGCAGUGGCUCCAAAACAUAAGGUGGAAAUUCGGACAAGCUUCUCGACGCGAUUGGAACAAAUAUCAUGUUGUUAAAAGUGCCAUCUGUGGACUGGACGGACCAAAUAAUUUACGUGGUGGACGACGACGAUUCGCUGUCAGACAUCGACGAUGAGCCAGAUUUCUCCGAAUACAUGUGGAUGGAGAACGAGGAGGAGUUUGACAAGAACGAACUCCAACGCCUGGAGGAGGAGGAGAUCAUGCAGGAGUGUUUUGAAGCAAUGAUCGAGGACGAGCUGGAAGAGCAGAUCAACGAGUGGGAAAAGGCAAAAACGGACGAACAGAACACGGCACUUUCCGCACUGCCGAAAAGCGAAUGUAAUGUGGAAAAGUCUGUCCUGAAUCCCAUGGCCGAUGAGUUUAUUCCGCGUAGUCAUAUAAUGGAUUUUCCUGCCUCAUAAAGCCUGCUCAUUCUUUUCCUGCCACGGAAUCACAAACCGCCCCGCCCCAUAACACGUGGACCUCAUACGCGAAAAUCCUAAGAUAAACUCAAGAUCCUUUGCUAAGGCUCGACUAACAAAAUCCGCUAAUGAGAUUGAGAUUGACAUCCUGACCAAGUUGAGCAGCGAGAGCAUUCGGAGGAAGAAGCUCAUGACUAUCUACUUUCUAGAUACAAGAAUGCUGGAAAAUAACGUUAAAGAUUCGAACCAACUCCAAAUGCUGGCGACCGAAAUGCAAACGAAUCAUAUUUUAAAAAACCAAAAUAAAAAACACAAUAUCACUGCAGAAAUAUUAAAAAAAUGUUCAAAAGAAGAAACCAACAAACAAAAAAAAAAACAACUACAAACUAAGAACAAACAAAUAACAAUUAACAACUAUGCCACGUACAUCACAGUACAUUGUAAUUAGAGUUAAACAAAAAAUUGUUUGCCGAGGAAUGCGGAGCCGGAGCCCCAGAAAUUUCGAAACCAAAAUGUAACCGAAAACGCAGACGCAGGCGCUUGCUGAAGCUAGUGAAAACUUUGGUAUUAACGUACAAAACGAAAACAAAUGACUUUUUACAAGCGACAAACUGAGUCGUGACUUCUAUAAACCUAGAAGAUAACAAACAAAACUAAAAUUACACCUAAAAUACGCCAAUUUCCAGCUAAAGCAACUGUAAGCAACAAACAAGACUCGAUUUGUGUUAGAAACAAAACAAGAAACGUGCAGAAUUUGUAGCCGUCAUGUCGUUUUAUUGAAAUUCUGUUCAAAGACUUUAAUUGUAGUUUAAACUGUAUUUAAUUUAACGUCCCGCCCUCUGCCUACACUCGUUUUAAGUUGACCAUUUUGUGGAAUAUACGUGUUUACUAGUUUUUUUUUUUGUAUAAUUUUGCACCAUUGUUAACUCGUUGUACGUUCUACGCCCAAGUUACAAGAAGCGCUUGUUAACUUCCCUUCUGACUCUCGCAAUACUUGUAAUUUACAAUUGUAACUUAGUGUACUAAAACGAAUUGAGAUACUAAUGUUUAAAGCCUCUUUAUACAAAAAGCAUGCAUAAAAUACCUAUGUAUAUUUAGCGUUAAUGGAGAAUACAACAGACAACAGACGAUGCAAUAACAAGUAGUCUGUAAUUUUAAGUGGAAAAAUAUUUUGAAACGUUUGCCCUGAAGCAAAUGCACAAGCCCCUAAAUAAUUUUCUGUUAACAUCGUUAAAUUUCGUUUCGGCAUGUAGACAAAGAUGAAUUUCUAUUUUUCAAUCAGCUUAGAUUUAGUGACUUAAGACAGCAUUAAAAGAUCUACUACAUUACUUACGUUACGUGUGAUAUAAAGAUACAAAAAAACCAAGCAAAAAAAUAUCAAAAAUGAUUUUAAAAAUCU